AUGCCAAUCCGUGUUAGACAAGGCGUCCUUGGGAUUUUUGGGUAUAGGAGCAAUGGAGGAGGAAUGGAGAUUAAGUAUGUUUUUCGGUUUAACUAUGCCGUCCAUGGAGCGGGUACGGAUAGUUCGAGUGGGAGGAGGGGGAGGUGGGGGUGGGGUUGGGGAGGACUGUGUGAUGGAGGGGGUAUCGGGUCAUGUAAGGGAUCAGAAACAGGGCUGGGAGUGGGUGAGUGUGGGCCGAGAGAAGAGGAGGAUGGUGAGGUGAAUGAAAUCGGGAUUGGGCUGGUGGGUGAGUUUGGGCCUGAGGGCGAAGGAGAGUUUGGGCUGGAGGGAACCGAGGGUUGUGGAGAUGGAGUAGUUGGGCUAGUGAAGUAG